AUGCGGCGGCAACAGGGCGUGUUACUCGAUGAGCGGUAUGUGCCGUACUUGCAGAUGACCGGGUUAUACCAUCUAGCGAGGCUAAACGAUAGAUGGUUCCGGAUAGAUAAGCCCCUUCUCAGUGCCUUCGUGGAGCGGUGGCAUCCGAAGACGCACACUUUCCAUAUGCCCUUCGGAGAGUGUACGAUCACGCUUCAGGACGUGGCGUACCAGUUGGGAUUGGCAGUGGACGGGCGUUAUGAGACAUAUGGAGAGUGCCCCGAGGGAGCCGAUGAGGACACUGUGCGGCGCUUUGCUCGUACCUAUAUCAUGAUGUUGUUGGGCACUCAGCUGUUUGCCGACAAGUCCGGCAACCGCAUUCACAUCAUAUGGCUUCCGUACGUAGCUAGGCUUGAGGAGAUGGGUUCCUACAGUUGGGGGUCUGUAGCAUUAGCAUGGUUGUACCGGUGCAUGUGCCGAGUGGCGAAUCGACAUGUGGUAAAGUUAGCGGGCCCACUUCAACUACUUCAGUCUUGGAUCUUCUGGCGCUUUCCUAGGUUUAAGCCUGCUGGGUAUGAUACGUGCAGCUGGCCUUUGGCAUCGAGGUGGUCAGGUUACAACCCUUCCGUUAGCGAAAAGGGUCCUAGAGUGCAGAUGUGGAGACUGCAGAUAGACAUGUUACAGCCCAGGGAUUUUAUCUGGAUGCCGUAUAGCUCCCCCGAGGUACUGCAGGUUGUGCAUCCGGAGGCGUUGGAGCCUCGACACACGAUGCUGUGGCGAUCUGUGACGUUACUGAUAUACUUUGCCGUUAUAGAGUGGCAUCAGAUAGAUAGGGUUCUACCACAGUUCGGCGGUGUCCAGCCCCGACCGCGUCCCGCCCUGAACAUCGACUUUCUGAUGUCGAAGGACGGGAGAGGCGGUGAUCAUUGGUUCCCGUCCGCUUUAAAGCAUUGGCAUCUUCAUUGGGAGAGUCGUGCGGACCACGUCCUCCGGUUCGAUGUUGUUGCGGACCCUGGACCGUCGCACACAUACCUAGAUUGGUGGAGUCAGCAUGAAAAGAGGUUCUUGCCCCCAGAGAUGUAUUUGGGGGAUCUGAGGGGCGUUCCUAUUCCUGUGGAGGCGUCACAGAGGGGUCUUGGGCUAGUUCCUGACAUGGAUCGAGUUGACGACGUCCCUGAUAGGCGUCGAAUAGAGAGGAGAGCUCGAGUCGGGACACGACGGAGCCAGCGUGAGUGA